UACUUCGGAUGCGGUUUUCUUUAUUUCCAGUUUUGGGAGGUCAUCAGCGAUGAGCAUGGGAUCGACCCCACGGGCAGUUACCAUGGAGACAGUGACCUGCAGCUGGAGAGAAUCAACGUGUACUACAAUGAAGCUGCCGGUAACAAAUACGUGCCUCGGGCCAUCCUGGUGGAUCUGGAGCCGGGCACCAUGGACUCGGUCAGGUCUGGACCCUUCGGCCAGAUCUUCCGGCCCGACAACUUCGUGUUCGGUAUGUAGCGUGGUCCCCGGGCACUGGCUCGGGAGGCCCACGCCCUCCUAAGCCCCGUGGAGGUCACAGCUCACUGCUGAGUGCCCCGCUGGAGGCUGCGUGUCCACAGAGGCCCUGAGUCCUGGCCUAACUGCCCCCGGUCCACGGGCUGUCUCUCCUCUGGCCCCUCUCCGCACAGCUCAAAGGACGGGGUCCGCCUGCAGAGGGUCCGUCCCACAGCAGAGCAGCCUGGGGAGGGCAGAGAAUAAAGAGCGAAGGGAAGCUUCCAACAGCAGCUCCCAGGUGACUGGUCAUCUCAGAGGACCAG